AUGGCAUCUCAUGCAGUUUCUAACGAACAAAAACCACACGUAGUUUGCGUGGCUUUCCCUGGUCAAGGCCACAUCAACCCGAUGCUGAAAGUGGCUAAACUCCUCCACGCCAAAGGCUUCCACGUCACCUUCGUAAACAACGUUUACAACCACAACCGUCUCCUCCGGUCACGUGGUGCCAACGAGCUAGACGGUGUGCCCUCGUUCCGGUUCGAGUCUAUCCCUGACGGUCUACCGGAAACCGAUGGGGAUAAGAUGCAGGAUGUCCCUUCUCUUUGCGAUUCCACCAUGAAGAACUGUCUAGCUCCGUUCAAGGAACUUCUUCAGCGGAUCAACGCUCGAGAUGAUGUUCCUCCCGUGAGCUGUAUUGUCUCGGACGGUUUAAUGAGUUUCACUCUUGACGCUGCGGAGGAGCUAGGUGUCCCUAAUGUUCUUUUCUGGACCACAAGUGCUUGUGGCUUCUUGGCUUAUCUAUACUUCGACCGUUUAGUUGAAAAGGGUUUAUGUCCACUAAAAGAUGAAAGUUACCUAGACACAGAAAUAGAUUGGAUUCCAACGAUGAAAAACCUAAAACUAAAAGACAUCCCAAGCUUCAUCCGAGCGACAAAUCGUGACGACAUAAUGCUAAAUUUUUUUCUCCAUGAGGUUGACCGAGUCAAACGUGCUUCUGCUAUCAUUCUCAACACAUUCGAUGAUCUAGAGCAUGACACAAUACAAGCUAUACAAUCCAUUACACCUCCAGUGUACUCUAUUGGACCGCUCCAUCUACUAGUGAACCGGGAUAUCGAUAAAGACAGCGAUAUCGGACGCAUGGGGUCAAAUCUUUGGAAAGAAGAUACAAAGUGUGUAGACUGGCUCGAUACAAAGGCUCGUAACAGCGUUGUUUACGUUAACUUCGGUAGCAUAACCGUGAUGAGCGCUGAACAGCUCGUGGAGUUUGCAUGGGGUUUAGCAGCAACAGGGAAAGAUUUCUUGUGGGUGAUUAGACCGGACUUAGUUGAUGGUGAACUCGCUGUUGUUCCGACAGAGUUUUUGACCGAGACAGAGAAUAGGAGGAUGAUAGUGACUUGGUGUCCUCAAGAGAAAGUUCUGUCUCAUCCGGCUAUAGGAGGGUUUUUAACGCAUAGUGGAUGGAACUCGACUUUGGAGAGUCUAUGCGGAGGAGUGCCGAUGGUGUGUUGGCCGUUCUUUGCGGAACAACAAACGAACUGUAAGUUUUGUCGUGACGAGUGGGAAGUGGGGAUGGAGAUCGGUGGAGAUGUGAGGAGGGAGGAGGUUGACGCGGUGGUUAGAGAGCUGAUGGAUGGAGAGAAAGGAAAGAAAAUGAGGGAGAAGGCGGAAGAGUGGCGGCGCUUGGCGGAGGAAGCGAUUGAGGUUAAGCGUGGUUCGUCGGAGUUGAAUUUUCAGAUGGUUGUUGACAAGGUUCUCUUAAGGCGUGGCUAGAUCGAGCAAGAUUCGGUUUAGUUUCUUCUACAGUUCUUUGUGAACUAAACUUUAUACUUAUGUGAUAUUUCUAGAAAAAUAAUACGGCCCUGGUUACACCAAAAAAAUAAUAAUAUGGCCUUUGUCAUUGGCUGUAAUAGCUUUUGUAAGAACUAAGAACAUCUAUAAUUUUAUUUUUGUUUAUGAGUUUUAUUUAUAGAGUAAAUUAUUUUAAUGGA